CCUACUGAUAUUAUUUUAACCUAUGUUUGACUGAGGACGACGACAGGGAUAUAAGAGGAGAAUCGUCUUUUAGCGCUUUAGUAUAGAUUUUGAGGAAAAGAUAUAGCAUAUAACGUUACACACUUUUUAUUAAAAUUUAAACGAAAAAAUGACGGAAGAGGUGCACUGGGAUGAAGAUUUGGAAGUAGACGCCGUCGUUCAAAACCUUAGUAUCCAUAGAUAUAUGAGAGAUUCAAAUUCUGAAGUACAACUAUCAAAUGAAUUAGUGGACUUUGUUGAAUUAACCUGUGGUCAUCGAAUGCCAGUAGACUAUGUUGUUGCUUGGUUCAAAUGUUACCUGAAACAGAAAGAGACAGAAUUUUCCUGCCCACAUUUUAUUGUGGAUCAAGGGAAAACCUGCGGUACAAAGCUGUCCUACCAGGAGAUCUGUCAGUUGAUACCACUGUCUGAUAAACAGCGGGAAUUCUUAGAGGAAAACCUUGCUGCGAUUGUUGCUAGAAGGCUGUUUGAUUUUAAAUCUUGUCCUGGAUGUCAGUCUCAUGUGGAAAGACGAAAUCGAAAUAACCUGUGUGUAAAGUGCACUAUCUGUACUGCCAACAUGAGACAGACCUACUACUUCUGCUGGAAAUGCCGGAGAGAAUGGGAAGGAGCGACAAAUAAUGCUGAAUAUUGUGGCAAUUCUGCCUGUGGACAGAGAGUGACAGAGCCAGAUCCACUGAAGCCAUGCACACCCGAGUUCAAAGAGGAAAAACUUAUGAAAGAGGGGAAAUGUAUUUACCCUGUGAAGGACAAAUCACCUCAGAGAAAGCGUUUGGCGCUGCUCAUAAACAAUGUAGAUUUUAAAGACAAUGUCAGGACUGGGGCAGACAAGGAUGAGCUGAGUAUGGAGAGGCUGCUUAAAGGUUUGGGAUACUCUGUGGUGACACUCAGAGACCUCUCUGCACAGGGUAUGUCUACUGCCAUGCGAGACUUUUCCCAGCGAAAGGAACACGCUGAUUCGGACAGCUGCUUUGUGGUAUUAAUGUCCCAUGGAGAUGAAAGUGGAAUCUGUGGGACUUUUGAUUCUUCUUCUCAAGAUGACGUUUUUCCAACAGAUGAAAUAUUUAAAUUCUUGAACACACCAAACUGUGCUGGAUUACGGGACAAGCCAAAAAUCAUCCUCAUCCAGUCAUGUAGGGGUGGUAAUCCUGGCAACCUGGAUGUUCCAGAUAGUGUGCCAAUACGUGGCACAAGAAGAGAGCAUAAAGAAAAAGAUUUCUGUUGCUUUAGAUCUUCUACUCCAGAUACUGUGUCCUACAGAAACAAAGAAAAAGGCUCACAUUUCAUCCAAGACCUUGUUGAAAUAUUUAAUCAGCAUGCCCAUGAGGAUGAUAUUGAGGAGCUUUUCAGAAAGGUUAUUAUGAAGUUUAGGGAGACACAUGAUGAGCAAAUGCCAUGCAAAGAAAGAACAACAUUAUGUAAAAAAUUCUACCUCUUUCCUGGAUUGUAAAACAUAGCAAGUGCAAUAUCUAUCUGCUUUCCUGUAUGCAUAUCCAUAUAUUCAAUUCUUCUCUUUUCUUUUUUUACUCUGAAUUAUUGACAUUUAAUGCAUUUGUAUGUUUAUCAAUCAAGCCACUGCAUUUGAAAACUCUGUGUUUAACACUAUUUUAUUCUUUACAGAUGUUUAUUGUUUUAUUAUUAGAUUGUAUAUUUUGAAUUGCCUAUAAAUAUAUACAAAAAUGUUUACAUCACAAGUUAGCAUGAGAUACUGUAUGUUGACUUGUUUGUUUGCUAGGUCUGCCAAUGUGGAUUGCAUUUCUUGUAACUGCUUGUGUCAUUUAUUGUAACUGGAUUUCCUGAACUACAAAACAGAAACCAAAACUAAGCCCUGAAAUAGACCUGCAGUGUUUUCUGUUUUAUCUGUUUUUUUUAACAGAUGGAAUGAGGUUUUUAUAUUUAAUAUAUGGAACAUCUAAGUAAAAAUUAACAAAUAUUUCUCAAAUAAGCCUCCAUAUGCAUCUGAAAUAAAGCUUUCUCAACUCAUUGGA